AUGGAGUGAAAUGAUAAAGACACAGUUGACUUGCAAUAAACUUGAUAGUUCAUGUUUAGUAGAAAAAGUAGUGGUUAUCUUUUUAAACUCUAUUGGGUAAACUGAUAACAUGCAGGAGCUCACAGAUCAUGUUGUUGUCCAAUUAGAUGAGCCGCACGUCGAUAGGGGAUAUCAAGGUUGUAAUCGUCUUUUGCAGCGCACCAGUGGAUCUGAUUGGAAGAUUAAGGAUCGCAUUGUUUCAGAAAUUGCCCGACGUAUCGAUAUCGCAGAGUUGACGCUUGAGUGCAUCUUCAUCAUGCUCGAUUCCUUAUGCGAUCUCUUUGGGUAUGCAAGUCAACAAGAACGACCGAGCAGAUAUCCGUUUACAGGAUCUGGAUUCCCACAGCCAUGAUACCAAGCACCAAUCGCCAAACCACAGCUAUCCCGAUGCACGGUCACCACCAUCAGUUCAACAACACAAUAGAUCAUUAGGGUCGGAAAGUGAUGAUGAUGACACCGACUCAACAAUUCACUUUGCCCCAGGACAGCGAUCCAGUAUGGACGACUUCAAGAAUCGCGAUGAUUUGGAGGAUAAAAACCUAAAUCUGAACAAAGACACAUUGACUGCAUCACACUAUAACGAUCGCGAUCUUCCGUGGCCAAAGCGACAAGAGUUCCAAAGAUUGCAAGAUACGGCCUUUCCGCGAUCUACCGUGCCUUUGGAUGAUACCAAAAUGUCAAGGAAGGAGCGAGUGAUUGCUUAUUUAUACCGACGGUUUUCCAGCCGCAUUGUUCGGCGCGUUUUAAAAUGCACAUUGGCUUAUUUCAUCGCCACCUUAUUUUCAUUGAUUCAUCCGCUGGCAAGAGCGAUGGGCCAAGCUCCCUAUCUCGCCUGCACCGGUACGCUGUUUAGCCAUCCUGGACGUACCAUAGGAGCCCAAAUCGACGCAACUGUCACUUCUUCCAUUGGUACUUGCCUCGGCAUCAUCUAUGGUCUUGGUAUUUUGGCGGCGACAGUAGCCUAUAACACACAUCAUCCAGAUUCAAUAUCAGUUGGCGGCGCUAUCACGGCAUUGCUAUUUCUCUUGGGAGUCUUUGUUGCGCAAUUGAUACGCCAAGCGUACACCAAGCUCUACUUCUUUACUUCACAAUUCAUGGUAGUGCUUCUCUUUUCUUUGACACACGGUUUAGGAUAUACUUCUGUGCCAAUGACGUUAACAUUUGAAUGGGGGAUUCCUCUGGUUGUGGGCGCAUUUAUUUCACUGAUUGUCAAUGUGCUGAUAUGGCCAGAGUCAGCUGUCGAUGGUCUUGGACGUGCGUUGGCAAGUACCAUGAUGGGUAGCAGGGAAUUGCUGGAUAUUAUUACCAAACAAUUUUUCCUUGAUCCACACACGGAAUCGGUACCCGAUGAAACCAUCGAUGCGUUGGCGGUGCGAAUACGUCAAGAUGUGACCAAAGUCAAUACGGCCUACCAAGAAGCCAAGUAUGAGAUUUCGUACACAUACAUCAAACCAAGUGAACUGGGCGAGAUUCGAAAAGCACUUGACCGAUUAACGCGUCAUCUGAAUAUCCUUGGAGGCAGUCUGAAGAGUGAAAGAGCACUUUUUGGAAAGGAAGAGGAGUUGGCCGACGGGAUGUCGACGGAUGAAGAAGACAAUUCUUGUCGGUCUCCUGAAAGACAGAGAACGCAUUAUGCGGGUUUGCGAGGAACAUCUGCCAGCAGGAGUAUGUCUGAUAUUCGGUCACAAGCUUUCGGCGCUGCCAUGGAUUAUGCACAAACUGGCCGAUAUUCAAGCCCUCGACUACCCUCUUAUAUUUCUACGCAUCGCGCGCCUACUGAAGAACCACAAGAUACCGAUACUGAAGAGCAUGUCAGCCGACCUAUUCAGUCGUAUCUCUCACUGACAAGCUUGGGAUUAAAACGACCCACAGCGUUGCCGCGAAAAUCAAGUCGACAAAUCGAAUAUGGAGAUCGCAGUCUGCUAGCAACCUACAUUGAAAAUCUACGUGAUCCGCUCAUGCAACUAUCACUCGAGUGCCUUGCUGUACUCGAUUGCGUGCGAGAAAGUAUUUGCGCCGAACUGGAUGUAGAUGAUGAGGCCGAUAUGACGGUGCGAAAAACAUGGUCAGCCUAUUUUUGUCAUCUAUUCAAGCUUCCUAAGAAACAGAAACGAUCGUCACAAUCGCAUCGCCAUGGAAAGCAAGCCUGCGACUGUGCUUAUCGGCUGAACAAGAUUAUCGAGCAAUUUGAUCAGGCAGAAAAGAAGCGAAUGCAUGCCCUUUACGAGUUUAAUUUCAGCCAAUCUUCCUAUCAGUCACUGGAUCUUGGUGUACGUGAAGAAUUAUUUCUCGUGUUUUUCUUCAUUUUUUCCCUACGGGAAGUGGCGAACGAAUUGGUGAUCAUCACAAACUCGAUGGAUAAAAUCCGGCAGACGGCGCAAACGACCGCUUCCGGUAAAAGACGCAAACAUUUGUACAUGCCCCAAUUUUCACAGAAAUGGUGGCGUAAAUGGGCUCAAAUAAAUAACCAUCAAACCAUUCGCGAUAAAGGCGGCUACACUCACGGACAACUGCAAGAAUGCUUGCAUGAACAUGGACGGCCGCGGGAGCCAAGUGUGGACGAAGAAUAUCGGCUUACAAGGAUGCAAACCAAUCAGUCACUGACGAGAACACGGACAAGAGGUCGUUCUUCGGCUAGACGGCUGUCCACCAAUCAUAUAUUGAGACGGCGAUCGUCUUCGCGAACAAGACGAUCGAACAGCCUCCACCGUCGAAAUACGGAUAUUUUGGAUGAAAUCCACAGCGACAUUUACCCGGCAGCCCCUACGGCAUUUAUGGAUAUUGAAAAUCGGGAAAACGAACCUAAGGCGCCCUUUUUGCUUCGGUUACGUUACAAAGUGUGGCAAUGGUUGCAAACUCUGAAUACAUACGAAUUUCGGUUUAAUCUGAAAAUGACACUUGCUAUGGGCAUUCUUACCCUGCCUGCCUUUUUGCCAUCCUCCGCUGACUGGUUCCAUAACAUUCGUGGCGCAUGGGCCGGCCUCUCGGUGAUUGCUUGUAUGAACCCCACAAGCGGUGGUACAUUGGAAGCCGGCUUGUGGCGAUUAUCGGGCACACUCAUGGGUGGAUUUGCAGCUUGGUUUGUAUUAGCGGUCGGCGGGUUGAAUCCUUAUGUCAUUGCAGGAAUCGCCGUAGUACUGGCUAUACCAUUUUUUUACAUUCAUUUGGCAACCUCUUAUAACAAGGUGGGGAUAAUUACCCUCAUAUCUUACAUGAUCAUUGCUUUGAACCGAUACGCAGCACCAGUACCCGGAGAAAGCAUCUCGGCGACUGUAUGGAAGCGAACGGGUACCCUCGUUGUGGGUGUUAUCGUUGCAUUGGUGCUCAAUUGGUUGAUUUGGCCUUUUAUUGCAAGGGAUGCUACUCGCGAAUUUGUGUCUGCUGUUAUUGGUGAUUUGGGUGACUACUACACAUAUCUCAUGGGGACAUUUUUGUACCAUGACGAACGUGUGCCACCCACACAGCUGGAUAUUGUGCAAAGCCAAAAGAUGGAGAACGGGAUUCAGAAAUCGAUCACUGCCAGUUCUGUAUUACUCCAAUUAACCGACCAUGAACCUCGAUUGAAAGGACCUUUUCCGAAAGAGUUUUAUCGAGAAAUGAUCGUAUGUACACGAAAUAUGCUGGAUCGAUUAAUGAGCAUGAGAAUCGCUCUUGUCAAAAUGGUUCCUGCCGUAAAAGAAGAGGUUUGUCUCCAAGCGCACAGCGUGUAUCGUCAUGAUAUGGUGGCGGCGAUGCUUUUGCAUUUUUAUACCCUAUCUACAUCAUUAAAGUCCAAGGUGCCUCUGCCGAUUUUCAUGCCAUCGGCACGAGCGGCUCGUCUGCGAUUUUUGCAAUCGCGUCGUGAAGACGCUCAAUCCCGCAACCUUUUCAAGUACCGAAAUAUCACAUGGUUCGCCAUGGCCUGCUGCACCGAAGAAGUGAUCGAAGAGUUGGAAAAUUUAAAUGAAUUGGUAGGCUACAUUGUCGGAGAAAGCAGAUUUGCCGAAAAGGUUCAAACGAUGGGUUGGUCUUAAAAUUGAACCAUCUCUGUAUGAUAUUGUAAGAAUAAAUAUAUUCUCUCAUCAUGUAUCAUAUUACUGGGAAUUCCUUGGUCUAUUGUUUAGCAGUG